AAGGGCGGACGUUGCCUUGAAUCGCCAGUGUUUAUUUCUUAUUUGGGUUUAUUGUAUCUCUCGUUAAGAGCUGGGGGACAAAAAUUGGAAUUGAACUUAAUGAGGCUUCAUACGCAGGCUGGCAAAUAAUUUUGAUUUCAUGGACCACUGAGAGGAUCUUGGAAUGCCAGGAUCACCCUUUAAGAGACACUGCUUUAUGUAAUCCUUCUCAGAUAGUGGAAUUACCUGGAAAUAUACUCCUGAGUGCCAUCAACUCACCAGAUUGUGACUUGUGGUACAUCUUCUGUCAUCGAAGAGUCAUUUGGUCUAGGGGUCUCCUGCUUAAGCAAAGGGUUUGACUAGAAGACCUCCAAGGACCUUGAAGUGAGACCAUGGACAAGAGGAAAGAUUCAAACAAGCACCUGGACCCCCCUGCUGUGUUCCAGAUUACAAGGCCAACUGGAUUUACAGAAUUGAUUCCACCUUCACAUUUCCAGAGCCAAUCAGCACCACCUCCAAUAGUAUCUACUACUGGGCUCUUGGGGGCCGCAGCUUACCCUAACUGGGAGGAGAUUGCUGAACUCCGACGAGAGAAUUUGCGUUUGAAAGAUGAACUCCAAAGAUGGAAUACAAAAGUAGAUACGACAGAAGACCCAAAAGAUAAAACCAGGUCCUUGGAUAGGUUGGCUGAGCCUUCAAAUGUGACCCUGGCAAUGUCUCAACAGGCUGAAAUCAUCGCCCAUCAGCUCCACGAGAUCCAGCGGUUGGAGUCAGAAGUUAGUGCCCUCCGAGUGUCCUCUGCCCAACAGGAGGCAACCAUAGCUGCUCGGGAAAGUACCCUGUCCAAUCUCCAAGGAGAACUAACCUUCCUCAAAAGCCAGAACCUUACUGAAGUUGCUCUCCUGAAGACCCAACUGGAAGAAGUCAGGAAAAGUAGUCAGCAAGAGAAAGAGGCCCUAAGGAAUGAAUUAGAAGAGCUCAGGAAGCAAAAUCAGUUGAAAACAGAUUUCCUGAGGGAGGAACUGGAGUCAACCAAGGAAAGGAGCAACCAUGAAAUCACCCUGGCCCAGGGAGAGCUGCAGCAGAUGAGGGAAGAGAGAGAGGUGGAGCGGAGGAGGCAGGAGGCCAUGGUUCAAGAAUGCCGACAGUCAGUGCUGAAAGAGUACCAAACAAAGUUGGAUAAGCUAUCUGAAGUCUAUGAAGCUGAGGCGACUUCCUUGAAGCAUCAGAUAUGUGCAUUCCAGCAGGAUUUGGAAGCUCAGCGUAAGGAAGCCAGUCAGUUAAGAGAGAAAAAAGAUACGCUCCAGAACCAACUCAGUGUGACUGAGGCAGAACUGGCUUCCCAGAAUGCUUUGGUGCUGCAGUUUAAGACCUACGUGGGGGAGCAGAAGUCAAAUAAACCUGGUUUUGAACAGGAGCGGCUGAUAAAUCAAAUACAGCACUCUGCUGUUUGUGCUUUAUCUUCUCAGGUGCAUCUCCAGGACCCUCUCCGGUCGGAGUCAUCUCAAAAACUUCAGGGCCUGCUGACCAGAUGGCGGGAGAAAGUAUUUUCUCUCCUGGUGCAGCUGAAGUCACAGGAGCUGAGCCAUAGAGAUGACACUAAACGUUUGGAGAAGAAGGUGAAAGAGAUGGAAGAAGACGUGGCUUCUAGAGAACAGAAAGUAGUGUUGUUGCUCCACAGUCUUGAGGACAAAACUGCUGAAGCGGAUAUGGAAAGAGUAAGAAACAAGGAAGAGAUUCUAAAUGAGCGUGCAAUUCUGAUCCUUGGUGCUUCCUGCAUUCCCGUGAGAGGGCUUGUAUGUCGGAAAAUAGCACUGGCAAAACUUCAGCGAGAAGAAAAACACAUCGCAGGGAGAGACCAAGAGAUUCAGCCAUCGUAUGAAGACCUACAAGCUGAGUUACAUAUGCUGCAUGACGAACGAGACCGACUCUCUGCAGAGCUUAAACAUGGGGCUCAAUUGAUAGAGAAGAAGGUGUCAGAAGCAAGAGAGAGAGUGGAGACUGAUCUGAGCAAAAUGAGGGGAACAUUGCAGCACCUGCAGGAGACGCUAGAGGCAAAGACAAUGGUAGAGCAGGAACUGAGGCAACAGUUGGAGGCCACAGAAAAGCAACUGGAAACAACCAACAGUGAGCUCCAGAGGACUGCUGGAGCUGCAGAUAGUUUGAGACAGGAGGUGGGGCAAUUAAGAGGAGAGUAUGAGAGAGCCCUGCAGGAAAAGGUAUCAGAAGUUGAAACGCAACUGCGGAAGGAUCUCUCAGAAAUGGAAAAAGCACUUAAUACAGCUCGGAGAGAGCACGCCAAAGCAGUGGUUGCCCUAAGGCAAGCUGAACGGCAGGCAGGCAGAGACAAAGCAAGGAGUGAGGAACUGACAAAGAUUCAGGAGUCUGCAACACAACAGGAAAUGGCCCGUCUGGAAGGACGGCUAAAAGAGCUUGAGAGGGACAAAAACGUGUUAAUGGCCACCUUGAGGCAAGAAGGGCUAUUAGCCCAGUAUCGACAGAAUCGGCUGUCAGCAGUCCCAGCUAAAUCAAUUGGAAAGACAGGAACUAGUCCUCCAUCUAAAGAAUCCCUAUUUGCUGUGUUGGAUGACUUACAAACUCUGGGAGCUGCUAUUUUGGAGGAGGAAGUGCGUGACAAAAAUACAAACAUCAUUGUGGACAUUUAAAAAUACAAUGGGAAGAUAUUGGGAGAAGCAAGGAUGAGAGAA